AUUUCUUUCUGGGAUCCGCGAUGGGGAAGGAGCAGGAGCUCCUCGAAGCGGCGCGCACGGGAAACCUGGCCGCGGUGGAGAAGCUUUUAUCCGGGAAGCGACAGUCAGCCGGCACCGGGAGCGGGUCGUCUGGGACCGGUGGAAGUGGCAACAGCGGCGGACACGGCGCCUCCUCUCACCCGCUCUCCAGUCUGCUCAGUAUCUGGAGAGGCCCUAAUGUGAAUUGUGUGGACAGCACUGGAUACACCCCCCUCCACCACGCUGCCCUCAAUGGACACAGCGAGGUGGUGGAGGCACUGCUACGAAACGAGGCCUUGACCAACAUCGCCGACAACAAGGGCUGCUACCCGCUCCACCUGGCUGCGUGGAAGGGAGAUGAACAUAUUGUCAAACUGCUCAUUCACCAAGGACCUUCACACCCCAAACUCAACGAGCAGAGCUCUGUAGACCAUAAAGAGUUCAAACGCUGUGGGCCCUUUGACCCCUAUAUUAAUGCCAAGAACAAUGACAACGAGACGCCGUUGCACUGUGCUGCCCAGUAUGGUCACUCCCAGGUGGUGCGGCUGCUGCUGGAGGAGUUGACAGACCCCACCAUGAGGAACAACAAGUUUGAGACUCCACUGGACCUGGCAGCACUGUAUGGCCGGUUGGAGGUAGUCAAGCUGCUGCUCAGUGCCCACCCCAACCUGCUUAGCUGUAACACCAAGAAACACACACCGCUGCAUCUGGCCUCUCGGAACGGACACCUGUCUGUGGUGGAAGUGCUGCUGGACGCUGGCAUGGACAUCAACUAUGAGACGGAGAAAGGCAGUGCCCUCCACGAAGCGGCCUUGUUUGGGAAGACAGAUGUGGUACAGAAACUUCUCAGUGCAGGUAUCGAUGUGAACAUCAUCGACCAGAAGGGCCUAACAGCGUUGGACACUGUCAAGGACAUGCCCUCCCAGAAGAGCAGAGAGAUAGCUGCUCUCAUCCUAGGUCACAUGACUGGAAAACCCCCUGACAUUGACCUUCCCCCUCCACCAGUCCCUCCACCUCAGGAGAGUCCCAGCCCGCGGAAAAAGGGGGAUCUGGAGAAGGUGAGCGAGUUGAUCUCGGGACUGGCCCCGGGGCCAGAGGAGGAGAGCCCGUACGAGGCUCUGUUUGAAGCCACCUCUUGCCACUCUUUGGACAGCCUCACCAGCGGCAAGUCCUCUGACAGAGACUCUGGACGGCCGGAUAGCGAAGCUGGCAAGAAAGAUCGCCUGGUCCACUCAUCACAUCCUGGUCCUGGUCAUGAAGAAGAGGUGAGCUCAGAGGCCCUGUAUACUAAUAGCAGCAUUGAUGAGCGAGGCGAGCCGGUGGAGGAGGAGGAGGAUCACACAUAUGAGUUGUUGCUGACUGCACAGACCAAAGUCCCAGCCCCCAGCCAGGAGUCCCAAUCCCAUAGAGAUCAGAAUACCACUAUACAGUCCUCCAACAGUGUCCUACCUCAGCGUAAACACACUGCCCCAAAUGACCUCAGAGCCCCAAGCAAGACGAAAGACACUCUGCACCCUCCUGGACGGGUUGGCCCACGGGCACCGGGAGAUAACUCCCAACACAGCCAGGAUCAGGGAGCAGGUGUCCCGGAGCAGUUCACUGGCCUCCUGCACGGAUCGUCCCCCGUCUUCGACUGCCGUGACGAGCCCUUCAGGCUUCCAGGUGUUCUGCCACCCAGUCAGGGCCAGCCAGAAUCAAGAAAAUCUUCCAAAAUAAAAGAGGAAGUAGCAGCAGCUGCAGCGCCACCUAGCCGUCCCAGUAUGGCUGCCAUCCUGACAGACUGUGACCCAAAAGCAAUUUACGCGACUGUGAACAAGGAGCAUAGGGACCAUGGGGCUGGGGCAGUACCUGCCGUUAGGAUGCGCCCUCCUGGGGACCUGAAACUGGCACGCAGCCUCUCCAAGUCUGACUCAGACUUGCUUGUGUCGCCUCCUAGUGAGGACGAAGGAGGACUGGGAAACCGUAGCGAGUCUGUUUCUAACUGUAGCACUGGCAAGAAGAGGCUUGAGAAAUCUCCCUCUUUCACCUCAGAAUGGGACGAGCAGACAUUGACGACUUCUCCCACCACAAAACAACGAAGAUCUAAUUCCUUUGAGAGCAUCGAGAAGAUAAUGACACUGAUUGGUGCUGGCAUUGAUUUUUCCCGAGAUCAGCAAUAUGCUACACCAGCAGGUGCUGCAGGCCGGCUGCUGGACCAGCCUGUGGGCGACUGGCUAGAGCACGUGGGGCUUCCGCAGUACGAGAGCAAACUGCUCCUCAACGGUUUCGACGACCUGCACUACAUGGGGAGCAAUGUAAUGGAGGACCAGGACUUGAGAGAGAUUGGGAUCACAGACCCAAGCCACAGAAAGAAGAUCCUGCAUGCCGCACGUUCGAUACCUAAGGUGAAAGCGCUGGGCUGUGACGGCAGCAGCUCCCUGUCCUCCUGGCUGGAGAAUCUGGGACUUCAUGAGUACUUACACAACUUCUUGGCCAGCGGCUACCGCACUCUGGACUGUGUGAAAAACCUGUGGGAACUGGAGAUCGUCAAUGUGCUAAAGAUCACCCUACUUGGUCACAGGAAACGCAUCAUUGCUUCCUUAGCAGAGAGACCGUAUGAGGAGCCUCCAGUCAAGCCUCCCCGUUUGUCUCAGAUCAGGUGCCAAGACCUGCCUGGAUCCCAGACCUCGUCCCCCCUCAGUCAGAUGGAGUCUUACACAGGGCGCUCGAUGGACCCCCUGCUGCCUGUAGGAGAGGCAGGGAGGAAAAAAGUGCCCAACACCGACUAUGACGUUACCCAAAGAUAUCGCAGUGAACGACACAGAACUCAUGAACGGUACGAAGAACGGCAUCGAGAGCCUCGACUGACCCUGCGGCCGCCGAGUCUGGCGGCACCAUACACCCCGGUCCAGAACUGGCAUCACCAACCUGAGAAGCUCAUCUUUGAAUCCUGCGCUUACGAAGCCAAUUACCUCGGUUCCAUGCUUAUUAAGGAUCUACGGGGUACUGAGUCCACGCAGGAUGCUUGUGCCAAAAUGCGGAGGUCGACAGAACAAAUGAGAAAAGUCCCAACCAUCGUCCUCUCGAUCACCUACAAGGGUGUGAAGUUCAUCGACGCAGCCAAUAAGAACAUCAUCGCAGAGCACGAGAUCCGAAAUAUUUCGUGUGCAGCCCAAGACCCAGAGGACUUGUGCACAUUUGCCUACAUCACCAAGGACCUGCAGACCAACCACCACUACUGCCAUGUGUUCAGCACGGUAGACGUGAACUUGACCUAUGAGAUUAUACUGACCCUGGGCCAGGCGUUUGAGGUGGCCUACCAGCUGGCUCUGCAGGCCCAGAGGACUAAACAGCACCAGAGCCUCCCAGUGGGACCUGGUUCAGAGGUCACUGAAAUCAAGUCCAGCCGACCUGUACCCAAACCCCGCGGCAGUGUGCGCAAGUCAGCGGGGGACAUUGUGGACCAGGAGGGGGAUGCUCAGUCCCAGGGCAGUGCCACAUGGCUCGUGGACCCCAAGGAAUCCAAGCGCACUAUCAGCACUAACUGAACACUGUGGCCACUCCCAGCCAGUAAGAAAGGACAGGAAUGAGCCCUGUUGCAUGGUGGGUAGGAUGUUUUAUUGGAAAAGUGACCCACUUCCCGUGCAGCAGAUCACAUCACCGGUGGGAUCGUGCUCGCAGCUCACCACAGUAACACAAGGGGGCCUGGAGACAAACAGACGUAAAGCUUUCAACACUGCACGCUCCAUCGGUUCAUCUAACCUCACCGACUUCCUCACUCCAUAUACACACACGCCUCCGUACAGCUUCCUGUCCGUCAGAUAGUGAUGGUCGUCCCGGCCAGAUGUAUUUGUUACGCUCCGCGCGUCGGCUGAGAAAUGGAUCGUCAGCUCAUCAGGUGUGGCUGUGUGUAAAGGCUGUCAGUCCGACAGGCCUCGCUCACAGAGAGCUAGUGGUUUCUCUUUCGGGAUUUGCAGGUUUCGAUGCACAAUUUGUAGUUAAAGUGGAAGCGGCUGAGAUGAGGAACAUUAAUCUUUUUUUGGGUAUGAUACAAAGGUACAAACUAUGAGUAAGAGACCUCACACUGUAAGAAAUCUCACACUCCUUCCUGGAUUAUCUGGCCUGUAUCCAAACAUUGUAGCUUCUCGCCAUGACCAUCAGCUUCUCAUCCACAACAUACAUGUAUAGCUGUAAUAAUCGAUGUCACCUUGCACGGGAGGAAUUCUCAAAGGGCAGAGGAACUGACACUACAAAGACUGUUUUAUAGUGAUGUAAGAGGGGGUGGCUUUUAAUUUGAUUUGAAAGUUUUCUCUCUCUCUUUUUUUCCGUAUGUUUUCAUUGUUUUGUAGGACAAUGACGUGUCCUAAUGCAGGAACUGGAUCACGUGAGGUUCACUGUCGUUCUCUCUCUCCUUCCCUGCUUCUUUGUUCGGUUAAUCUAUACAAGAUUAUUCACCAAACCUGCCAUGCAGGCUGGUACGUCUUUAGAUUUUAGCUGCAGAACAGAACAAUAGGGCAGAGCAUGUCUCUCCUUGCUAAUUUCCAGUAUGUUGACUGUUAAUGGUACUUUUUGGUCAGCUGAUGUGUAUAUGGGUACGUAGUCAGGUCGUUUUGAUUUAACUGUUGUAUAUUUGGUACGUUGUCAGGCCAGUACGGUAACUCUACGGUACACUGUCUUCAGCUCGCUGGUGUCGGCACCUUCAGCCAUCAGCCUGGUCCCGUUCUGCUUUUGCACAUUGCUAAGGAUCAGGAGAGAUAUUGUGGGACUAAUCUGAGGACAACAAUGAUGAGAAUGAUAUUGUACAUGAAUCUAGCGGUCUGUAUUUUGAUACUUGAAUGAUUUUUGCUUUUAUAGAUAUCUC